GAAGUAGUUCGAAUAUCAAGAUCAGGCUUUCCAACAAGAAUGUCUCACCAAAAGUUUUCCAGAAGAUAUGGUUUUCUUCUGCUUGAUAAUGUUGCUUCUCAGGAUCCACUUAGUGUUUCAGUUGCAAUUCUUCAUCAGUUUAAAAUUUUGCCUGAGAUGUAUCAAGUUGGAUACACAAAGUUAUUUUUCCGAACAGGGCAGAUUGGUGUGCUUGAAGAUACUAGAAAUCGUACCCUCCAUGGCAUUUUACGUGUCCAAAGUUGCUUGAGGGGUCACCAAGCUCGUUGUUCUCUCAAGGAGUUUCGGGGAGGAAUCACUACUCUGCAGUCAUUUAUUAGGGGAGACAAAACCAGAAAGGCAUAUGCAGCUUUACUUCGGAGACAUAGAGCUGUUGUUAUUAUACAGAAGCGGAUAAAAGCAGUACUUGCAAGAAAUAGAAUGAGGACUAUUAGUGAUGCUGCAAUUGUCAUUUAUUCGUGGUUUGUUUGGUCAGAAGAUGCUCAGGAGACAUUGGAUGUUUUGAAAUCCAGAGACUUGAAGUGCCGGGUACUUAGGGCUGAAGCUGACCAGUAUGAAUUGUUCCCAUCUUUCACCAACGUCUGCAACAAUAUGAGAGCAGAUGGUCUGAGUAUGAAUUGA